CAUAACUUACACAUCUCACAUUUUGCGACUUGAUAUAUUCGUGUUGCCUAAACCUUUAUUAAGCAGCUUCCUCCACAACCUAUUCGGCAUGCCUACCUCAUAGCAAAGAGCCUAGAGUCUCCAGGUAGCCGAGAAUCAUGAGCACAUCAUCUCUAAUUAAAACUCUAGCCCAGCAGUCUGAGGAGCUUACCAGAGACAUCGACAGCUUCUCAGACCGGGCGUUCGAGCUUGCUCGGCUUGCUAAAUCUUUACAAGAGCGAGCCGCACGAACAUGCGUGGAUAAGUCAACACAGGUGGAAACGGCAACCGUCGGAGCGCCCACAUAUCACCUCGAACGCGCCAAGCGCCUAGCUCCCUUCUCCUUUACACCAUGCGACCGCAAGCUGAACUGGCGCAAGCUGCGGGCACUGAACGUGGAGCGAGUGGUCCGCGACACCGACACUCGCAGCCUACAGGAGCUGUUCGGGGAGGUGGCCUUUGCGGAUCUGGAGCGGGAAAGCGUGUACGACAUGACUGAAGCAAAUCUGCUCAAGCUGGUCCGGGUGUUGCAGCUGUUGUUGCAGCACCAGCAGUGGCAGCUGGAGCAGCUGCAGGGGCAGCGGCAGACGGCGCGCGAGGAGGCGGCGGCGGCAGCGGGGCUGCUGGGGCUGCUGCCGGGGCUGGAGAUGGGGGGCCUGGACGAGGGGCUCACAAAGCUCAAGGGCGACUUCUACCAGGUGGCGGAUGCGGACAUGGACGCCAUGUUUGCGCAGGUCCGCAUUGAGGAGCGCACCGCUGCCCGCGACACCCUGUCCGCCAACGUGGACCAGGUCAAACAGGCACUGGAUCUGGGUAGUUUCGGGCCCGCUGGCAGCGUUGGAGGAGCAGGAGGACCACCAUCAGCAGCAGCGGGCGGGCGGACCUCGCAGUCGGCACUGGCCGCUGCGGCCUCCGCUGCUGCUGCAGGGUCCUCCAGGCCGGCGGUCGUACUGCCCGCGGCGACAACAGCGGCGGCGCCAGGCGGACGUGGCUUUGCUCGGCUGUCGGCGGCAUCUCAAGGCCUGGGCUGAGAAGGGCGCGGGCUGGUGGUGGUGUCGCUGCCUUGGCAAGCACUGGCCGGUGCUGCAGCUGUGGCCAACAGCAGAGGGCUACCGUCAAAUGCUGUCAUCGUAUCAUGGGAGCAUGUGUGUGGGUUGGGCCCUUCGAGCGCUGCUCCCGCUGCUGAGGGUGCUGUUGCAUGCGUCAUGGGGAACGGCGCUGCUAUACCGUGUACGACCCGGCGGCUGUUAUUGGCCUUUGUGGUUCCGUUCGGGUGGGAGUAGUGCACAUGGUUGCAGUGUUGCGUAACGUCCAGAACAGCAGCAUUGUGUGGGAUGUCGUUGCUAGGUCAAUGAUUAUUCUAUAGAGGAGGGGUGGCGGCGGGUUCCCAGGUCCCUGCCAGAUGCAAGGUCCCAUGCAAGCCGGGAGCUAGGCGGGAUGUUCGCUCCCCUAUCCGGCCUAUCACUCUUCAACAGCGUUGAGGAGCACCUAGCUCGCAUCGCCAUGCGACAAACUAUACCGCGUCGUCCCCUAUGUAGUCUAACCCCAGCCUUUAAAGUAUACCGCGUCAGCAGUGGCAAGGCUCCAUGGGUAACCGAGCCUGCAUGCCUCAGCACGCGUGUACCGCCACGCCCCG